AUGAACGCCACCGAGCAGUCCCUUUUGCUUCCCUUCCUCACCAGUUUCUCGGAAGGUGCUGCUCUUUUGGGGAACGUGAAGGUGCUGAAAGGGAUCCCCUAUGUGGAAGAUCGUCCCUAUCUCGGGUGGCCGAGUAUUCUCGGUUUCACCAUUGCUUGUUACUAUGUGAUUUAUACCUUGUACGCCUUGUACCUCCACCCGUUGCGCAAGUAUCCCGGCCCAUGGCAUCUCGCGGUCACCAACCUCCCCAACCGAUGGUCGACCAUUUCUGGCAACUCCUCCUACUGGUUGUACGAUCUCCACGAACAGUACGGACCCAUUGUGCGCGUGGCUCCGAACGAAAUCAGCUACUCGGAUCCUCAGGCGUGGCAGGACAUCUAUGGCCCGCAGCCGAAUCAACGGCUGGGGAUGCCCAAAGACCCCAAGUUCUUCAGCUCCUUUGAGGACAAGAAGACCGCCGCCUCGAUUAUCACCUCCCAGCCCAAGGACUACAUGCGCAUGCGCCACAUCUACUCGUACGGCUUCUCGAAGCAGGUCAUGCAGGCCAAGGAGCCCAUGAUUCAGGGCAUCAUUGACCGCGCGAUGGAGGCGCUACGCCAGACCCACCAGCAGCCCCAGGAUAUUGUCCAGAUCUUCCGGGCCACCGACUUCAGCAUUGUCACGGAAAUCGUCUUUGGCAAGGCGUAUCAUAUCUUUGACCGGACGACGUAUCAGCCCUGGUUCAAGAGCCUCAUGGGUUGGAUUCGGUCGACUGCCGUGAUCACCGCGACUACCGACUACCGCUUGGGCAAGCUGGCGGCCUGGCUCUUCACCCCGCGCGAUGUCAUGAAACAGCGCAAUGUCUACCUGAAGUAUGUAAAUGGCGAGAUUGAGGAGCGUCUGGGCGAGUCGAAUGAUGGGCGGAAGGACGUGGUGCAGCUCAUGUUCGAGACGACGGAUCAACACCAGCUGGCCGAGUCGGAUAUUCGAGCCAAUCUGCCCUUCAUGGUGAUUGCGGCCAGUGAAACCACGACGACGCUAAUGAGCGGCAUGAUCGCACAUCUGCUGAACUCCCCCGAUGCCCUGCGCCAGCUCACAGCCGAAGUCCGCGAGCGGUUUCGCUCGCCCAGCGAGAUCACCAUCGCCACUGUGAACAACCUACCCUUCCUGAAUGCCUGUGUCAACGAGGCCCUGCGCGUGUAUCCCGCCGCUCCCACACAAUUGCCCCGGGUCGUACCGGGCGUGGGCGCCACCGUCUGCAACCGCUGGGUGCCGGGGGGCACCAAGGUCUAUGUCGCCCCCUACGCCACCUUUCGCUCGGCUGAGAACUUCUACCAGCCCGAUGCCUUUCUUCCACAGCGCUGGCUGCCCGGGAACGAUGAGUCCUUCGAUGUGGAUAAAAAGAAUGCCUGGCGACCCUUUGGGCUGGGGGCGCAUGAAUGUCCCGGUCAAGUCAUCACCAACCUCAUCACGCGGCUGAUCAUGUGCAAGCUGCUCCUCAGCUUCGACCUCGAGCUGUGUGCAAACAGUCGCGACUGGCUGGCGAAACAGCCCGUGUGGAUUGUGUGGGACAAGCCCGAGCUGCUGGUCAAAGCCCGCCCCGUCGCCACCACCACUGCGUGA